AAACUCACUAAAUGCACUGCUGAAAUCAAAGUUAAUUAAAAAAAGACUCGGAGAAAAGAUUCACACWUUUUUGGAGGAAAAAGUAAAGCAAAAUUCAAGUUGUUGAAAAGGUGCUUAUUGCAUUUGAGAUAGCAAGAGCCUUGAAUGAAGCCUAAGGGUUUGUUGUUGUGAGAAGUGGAACCAUACCUUAAAGUCUCCCACAGGGUCACUACCGAACCUAAAUGAAUAAAAGUCUAUUAGCUCAAUAAUCAUGUCCUCAUAACGCUAAUAAACUUCCGGAUAUUUUCAGUUGAUUUGCACAUGAAAGAAGAAGUAUUUUAUAUCUUUAAUUGACGUUGGGCUAUUUGUUCAAAUGAUGCAGGUACACUGUCAGUUGAAGACCCGAAUGCAACAAGAUUUUUCUUGAUUUAUCAUUAGCUCAGUGCGUUUCCCACUCGAUUGACCAUGACUCCAAUUGCUUGAAGCGUUGAUUGAAAAGCCAGAGAAGGUUGCCUAACAAAGAGUUCAAGGCUGCAAGUUCGUUUCCCAAUUUUUGACGAUUUAAAGGCGUUCGGGAAACACGAUGGAUUUUGUGAUGAAAUCCUACUCUUUGGUGUUCAUUUGUAUUUGUAUUACCUUGGAGAAGCAUUGUCAAGGAGAGUCAGAAUCGUCUGCAGUCAUCGUUUCUACAAAAUAUGGACUGCUUAAGGGACAAACUAGGUAUUUUCCUCAGCCUGUAGGAAACAUAUCUGUCGUUAAUAAGUUUCUAGGUGUACCGUACGCUGCUCCUCCAAUUGGGGAGCUGAGAUUUCUUCCUCCGCAAAAACCCAAACAUUGGAAAGGAGUCUACGAUGCCACUCGGUUCAAACCAGUCUGCUAUCAGGAUCCAUCUUAUAAUCAAAUGUUUUGGAAAAAAGAUGUCAAUUGGUCACAGAGCGACGAUUGUUUGUAUCUAAACGUCUAUGCGCCCAAUACUACCUUAUCGCAUGAACGCUAUCCCGUGAUGGUCUACAUCCACGGAGGUGGCUAUGAAACAGGAUCUCCAGUAGUCAGCCCUGGUGAUGCUCUACCCAUGUGGGAAGUCGUACUGGUGACAAUUCAAUAUCGCCUUGGGCCUUUUGGCUUUAUUAGCACUGGUGACUCCGCCGCACCUGGAAAUUACGGGAUGCUGGAUCAGAUCGAGGCUUUAAAAUGGAUUCAACUCACUAUCGAAGCGUUCAAAGGCGAUCCGUCGAGAGUGACAAUAUUCGGUGAGAGUGCGGGUGGCUCCAGUGUUGGUCUUCUACUUCUGUCACCUCUCAGUGCAGGACUUUUCCACAGAGCUAUCGCUCUUAGUGGAAGCGACUUUGCUCCUUUUGCGGUUAACACGCGUAAGGAAGCAACUGACUUGGGAAGAGCAACAGCUAAAAAAUUUGACUGCCCAAAAGAAACAAGCAAAGAUAUGAUUACCUGUAUGCGAAACGUGCCUGCCUGGAUAAUUUAUAAUAAAACUAAAGGGGAUGURAAUUCAUGGCGCCCAGUGGUCGAUGGAAUUUUCUUGCAAGACUCUCCUACUAAUCUUAGAAAAGCCAAUAAGUUCCAUCCCUAUCCUUUAAUGGUGGGUGUUACGAGUGAUGACGGCUCGUUUUUCUUCAAUGAGAACGAAGUUUACAAAACUGAUUCUUUAGAAAAUUUUAAUAAAAGCUGUCUUGGUCUCUUCAAAUCCAUUCGUAGAUUUGGCUGGGAAGAUAGGAUAAUACUGGAUGAUCACAUCGAAGACGCUGUAUUAUUUCAGUACACUCCUUGGUCUGAUACCAAGAGCAAACAUACGUUAAGACAAGGAUUAAUAGACCUGGUCACUGACUUUGCUUUUGCUGCCCCUGCCCAUGCGAUUCUGGAACUACACGCUAAGGUUGCGCCCGCAUAUCACUUCGUCUUCAGCCAUCAGUCCAAGCUCCGCAACAAUUUACCAUCUUGGAAAGGAGCGACGCAUAAAGACGACACACCCUACGAGUUUGGUUUUCCUUUUAUGAAUCUCACUGUUCUCCAACAUUACGACGAACAUGAUAAAAAUGUCAGCGCCAUCAUGAUCUCCCUGUUCACGAAUUUCGCGCGCACUGGAAAUCCUACUCCACAACCUGUAGCAGGCUGCACAUGGACACCGUUCAACGAAAACAACAAUCCGUAUUUGAACAUCACAGCAAAGCCUGAAAUGCGAAAUAAUUUUCACAUUAGAAACAUCGCAUUCUGGAACAAGUAUUACCCAAAGCUUCUGACGACUUGUAAGUAUCCUGAAAUCUCAGUCAGCAAAUCAGGAGGCCUCUCCAAAUUCUUCAUGGACCCUUAUACUAUUGUAGUCAUAGCUAUUGUACUAGUUUGUAGCUUGAUGGUUCAUUUCUAGGCUUCAGAGGUAACAGUUCUUUGCAACUGAAGUGUGUUUACUAUUUGCUCGCCAUUUCAAACAUUUGAAGCCAAGGAUAUUCUUAUAUAUUCUUCCUUCUUCAAGACAAAAGUGUUUUUAUCCACAAUGAGAUAAUGCUGGAAUAGCGAUGAUUAAAAAGAAAGGUGAUCCUGACAGUUGGCAGUAAGAUUAAAUAAACUCGUUACCUUCUGUGAGACGAGGUCGCCAUUUGCGUACCUCAAAGAUCUAACCAACCGUACGAACAUGCAUCUUUGACAACAUUUAUAUGUAAAUAAACUACGUCAGGUAAGCCUUGUGAGUCCAUAUUCAUCUCACGAAUUUUUUUUGAUUAACGAUGCUAGUAGGCAAUCGCUUUGAAAAUUUGCAAUUCUACUAUAUACAUUGCAAAAUAUUACUCAUGGUUUAAAAAGAGCUGCUGCCCGCACUAGCUCAGCUCAGUAUUGGGUCACUUCCGCCCAAAAUUCACUUAUCAAAUUCAUAUAGAACUUCAGCAUUCAGAAAUCCACCAAACAGGCUAUUGAUCUCUGUUCAGCUUUGAAUCAGCUGAAAUUACUCACGAACAGAUAGAGAUCGAAAAUGAAUAUUUUCCAUUUGUAAAUACUUGAAUGUGAAUCUACAGCAAGAGUUCAAUAAUACACCUCAUCCAAUUACGCACUUUCUAUAGGCCUAGCGUUUGCUCGAUAAACACUAGCACCAAACUGACAGUCGACUUAUUCACCGUGUUUUGAAUUUGCAUGCUAUUCAGCUGAAAUAUACCAACCGCGUUCGUCCAGUCACUUUAAGAACCGACACUCAUACAGAAAAAUCUAGAAUGGGGAAGCUCGGCUAUAUGAAUGUCCAACACACCUGACGCCUUCAGUAAAGUGUACUGUUGAUAUAAGAAUUCAAAUACAGAAAACUAAUGAUAUAUAGUUCAAAACUAAAAAAGGAUAUUUUGAAUGCGUUCCGCUGCCCGUACAGGGGGCUGAAUACGCACUUAGAGUUUUAAAUGAAAUUUGGAUAAAUUUACAAAACYUAGAGUGAAGUCAGUACUCUUCAAAUGUAUGUUCUAUACCGAUUUCRCUGUUAUAGCCUACUAGUAAUUAGUAUUUGAUUUAGUGUACGGUUUUGAAAAUUAGGACUGAUUUCCAUGAAGGUAGGGUGACCCUAGAGCUAGGGACAAGUCUUUUGUUGCCUAGUUACAUGAAGGUAGGGUGACCCUGGUUCUA